AUGGGAUUCGGUAAGGACCAAGUUAACGGGAGCUAUAAAAUAGUGAGGAUGUUGUCUGAUCCUGACCAUUGUCUGAUUCUUGAUAUUAACAUCGGGGAAUGGCGGGAACUGAGCCCGCCUCCUUGCGAGAUUGAAUCGAACAGGAAGUCGGCUUGCGUGAACGGGUCCGUUUACUGGUUAAACUUGUUCACUAAACACAAGUUACUGGCUUUGGAUCUCCACACAGAAGAGUUCCGGGUUGUCUCCGCAGAACCCCCGCCUAGGCAACAACCAGCAGCUCAGAUAGUGAACCUUGAAGGCCGUCUAGCCAUAGGCGAGACCAAUACUACAGGUGAAUGGAAGCUAGAGAUAUGGUGCAUGGAUGCACAGGAAGAAACAUGGACUAUGACUUACAACAUACUUUUAUCAUCCUUUGCAACUUUAUGGUGCCGAUGGCACAUUACCUACUUCACCCCACUGGCUGUUUCUGAGGGAGGGAGUCUUUUCUUCACUGACAAUAACAAGACGCUGUUCAAGUAUUCUCCAGACACGGACUCCCUCCGUUGUCCCUCUCCAGGCGUUUAUGUUAUAUCUCCACUGGUCGAGAAUUUGGUCCGGUUUCCUUCACCACCACCAGGAGGAGGAGGAUUUGUUUCCAAAAUCACCUCAUCGGGGCACCUUUAUGGAGUUAGCUAUCCGGAAGAUCAGGUUCCGGGCUCCCGGAUAUCCAGUUUUGUUAGACGGGUCCAAUUGGGGAUCCCCAAUAUUUUGCUUACCCUCUAA